UACAUUAACAAAAAUAACAAGUGGAAAAACAAAUGGAACAUUUCUAAAGCAUUUUGUACAAAAAUAAUAAUUAAACAGAUUUUCAAAUGCAAAAUAAAAUGAAUAUAAACCAUAACAAUCAGUUAAAACAAACUCGCGUUAGACUCAAACCUAUUAAAAAAUGGACAGUGGCAGAAGAAAAGGCACUCAUAGAGUUUUUAUUAAACAAUCGUGAUGUGGAGAAGCCAACUUCUCAGUUAUUUUAUCGGCGUUUUUGCAAGGAAAGCAAUUUGAACAUUCAAUGGAAGACGGUGCGUUCUAAAGUAAAAAACAUGAGGUAUAGCUUCUAUAGAGCUAGGGAUUUUGAAAGUGAGACAAAUGGGGUACUGGAUAAUGAAGAUACUAAAAGUAUGGUGUUAAAAAAGUGCGGCUAUUACCAUGAACUAGAGCAAAUUUUUGGCCACCAUGUAAUACAACUUCCCGUCAAAGACGAAUGCUUUCAGUCUGAGCCCAACAAUACGUUUGACUCAAUAACAAUUGAGAGCGAUAAUACAACAGAUAAAUCUGAUGAUGAUAAUUUUCCCACUACUAGCAAAAUACCUGAGCCUGAAAUGCUUGUAAUUAAGCCGAAUUUGAUUAAUUUAAAUCACUGUCCUAUGAAUGACUCUGAAUUCAGCAUAAAAUGUGAAGAAAUGGGUGUUGAUGUGAAAGAGUUACGCAUAAAAGACAAACUAAAAGUGAUGGAAUUGUUAAUAAAAGAAAAGAGAAUCCAAUUGAAAGAAAAAGAAUUGAGCAGCAAAGAAAAUAUAAAAAUACAUCAAUUAAAUAGCAGAGAAAAAUUAAAAAUACUAGAAAUGGAAAUGAAGGAGAGGCUGACUAUGGAGGAACUUAAGCUUAAAUAUAAAUGAAUUCAUAAUGUUUAUAUAACUACUAACUUUAGAAUAUUAUGAUAUUAUUUCCAAUCACUCAUUUUUUAGAAUAUAAAGGACUGAAGCUAUUAAAUUAAAAGCUAUUACAUAAACAGAAAAAAUAAAUUUAAUGAAAAUAAAAUAAAUUUAUAAAUAAGUAUCAAAA